UCUUCCACAUUUCGUUUGAGAAAAAGUGAGAAUCAGAGGCCAUUCUUCUUCAGGAUUAAACCACAUUUCUUUCUAAAGUAUAAAAAAAGAAAAAAAUCUACACUUUUUAAUAUUCCUUUGGAAUUGGGUUUGGAGGCACCCCAAUUCCCACACCCAUUUGAAUUCUGUGCCUCUCAAUCUCUCAAACCUAUCUAACAAAAACUUACUUCAUUUCCACUGUUUCUUCAAGAUGUUAGGCGAUUUCAUCAACCGAAUCCUUAUACUCCUUCUGGGGUAUGCAUACCCUGGAUUUGAAUGCUACAAAACUGUGGAGAAAAAUAGGAUAGACAUGGAGGAACUUCGCUUCUGGUGUAAAUAUUGGAUCAUUGUGGCACUUUUCACUGUAUUGGAAAAGUUUCCAGACAUAUUUUUUGGCUGGCUGCCAUUGUAUGGAGAGAUGAAGCUGGUGUUCUUCGUCUGGUUGUGGUAUCCCAAAACUAAAGCAGAUGGAAUGCUCUAA